CGAGCGAUGGAUGAGGACAACAUGACGAGGAGCGAGGAGCAGGAGCUGAGUCUGCAGAAGGCGCUGCAGCAGUGCGAGCUGGUCCAGAACAUGAUCGACAUCAGCAUCUCCAACCUGGAGGGGCUCCGCACCAAGUGCGCCGCCUCCAACGACCUCACGCAGAAGGAGAUCCGCACCCUGGAGAGCAAACUGGUGAAGUAUUUCAGCCGGCAGCUGUCCUGCAAGAGGAAGGUGGCCCUGCAGGAGCGCAAUGCCAAACUGGAGGGGUUCCCCCAGCUCCUGCACUGGUUCCGCAUCGUCGACAUCCGCAAGGAGGUGAUGGAGGAGAUCGCCCCGGGGCAGCUCAGCCUGGAGGAUCUGCUGGACAUGACCGAUGACCAGGUCUGUGCCACUGUGGAGAAGUUUGGGGCCAACAGCGAGGAGUGUGCCCGGCUGAACGCAUCCCUGUCCUGCCUGCGCAGCGUCCACAAGUCCGGCGGGAGCCUCUCCAAGCAGGACUGGACCAUCCAGUGGCCGAGCACGGAGCCGGGCAAGGAGAACAGCCCGGGCUGCCCCAGCGCGGAUCCGGGCCCCUGGGGCAGGACGCACCCGAGCCCCAAGAUGCCCCCCAAGUGCGGGCAGCACCACUGCCACGCCGCCUCGUCCCACGGCCCCAUGUACACGCACGUGGACCGCCUGACCGUGGAGGGCCACCCGGGGCUGUGCCCACCGCUCGAGUCCGGGCACCGCUCGCUGCCGCCGUCCCCGCGGCAGCGCCACGCCGCGCACACGCCGCCGCGCACCCCCAACAUCGUCACCACCAUGACCCCGCCGGGGACGCCCCCCGUGCGCCGCAGGAACAAGCUGAAGCCCCCCGGCACGCCGCCGCCCUCGUCGAGGAAGCUGAUCCACCUCAUCCCGGGCUUCACGGCGCUGCACCGCAGCAAAUCGCACGAGUUCCAGCUGGGGCACCGCGUGGACGAGGCGCACACACCCAAAGUCAAGAAGAAGAACAAGCCCCUGAACCUCAAGAUCCACAACAGCGUGGGGAGCUGUGAGAACAUCCCGGCCCAGCGCUCCCCGCUGCUCUCCGAGCGCUCCCUGCGCUCCUUCUUCGUGGGCUACCCGCCCUUCCUGCCCUCCACGCCGCCCGUGCACACCGACGCCACCUUCUCUGCGAAUACGCUGUCAGUGCCUCGCUGGUCCCCGCAGAUCCCUCGGCGGGAUUUAGGAAACUCCAUAAAACACAGGUUUUCCACCAAGUACUGGAUGUCUCAGACCUGCACCGUCUGCGGGAAGGGAAUGUUGUUCGGCUUAAAAUGCAAAAACUGCAAGCUCAAGUGCCACAACAAAUGCACCAAAGAGGCGCCCCCGUGUCACCUGCUGAUCAUCCACCGCGGAGGGAGACGAGCCGGUCGGGGCGAGGCAGAUUUGCAUUGCAAACCACUUCCACCCACCCUCCCCCUGCCUCCUUUUCUUUUCAGAUUCCCCACCGCACGGGCGAGGUUAGUCCGGACAGAGUCGGUGCCCUGUGACAUCAACAACCCCCUGAGGAAGCCCCCGCGCUACUCGGACCUGCACGUCAGCCAAACGCUGCCCAAAACCAACAAGCUCAACAAGGACCACAUCCCAGUGCCCUACCAGCCAGAUUCCAGCAGCAACCCCUCGUCCACCACGUCGUCCACGCCGUCCUCGCCGGCGCCGCCGCUGCCGCCCAGCGCCACCCCGCCGUCCCCGCUGCACCCGUCCCCGCAGUGCCCGCGCCAGCAGAAGCAGUUCAACCUGCCAGCCUCCCAUUACUACAAGUACAAGCAGCAGUUCAUUUUCCCAGAUGUGGUGCCUGAGACGCCGACCCGAGCCCCACAGGUCGUCCUGCACCCCGUCACCUCCAACCCCAUCCUGGAAGGAAACCCAUUGCUUCAAAUUGAAGUGGAGCCCACCUCGGAGAAUGAGGAAGGUGCCGAGGAGGUGCAGGAGUCGGAAGACGACUUUGAGGAGAUGAACCUGUCGCUGCUCUCGGCGCGCAACUUCCCGCGCAAGGCCAGCCAGACCAGCAUCUUCCUGCAGGAGUGGGACAUCCCCUUUGAGCAGCUGGAGAUCGGCGAGCUCAUCGGCAAGGGCCGCUUUGGGCAGGUGUUCCACGGGCGCUGGCAUGGCGAGGUGGCCAUCCGCCUCAUCGACAUCGAGCGCGACAACGAGGACCAGCUCAAGGCCUUCAAGAGGGAGGUCAUGGCCUACCGCCAGACCCGACACGAGAACGUGGUGCUCUUCAUGGGGGCCUGCAUGAGCCCUCCCCACCUCGCCAUCAUCACCAGCCUGUGUAAAGGACGGACUCUCUACUCCGUGGUGAGGGACGCCAAAAUUGUCCUGGAUGUCAACAAGACGAGGCAGAUAGCACAAGAAAUUGUGAAGGGAAUGGGAUACCUGCAUGCCAAGGGCAUCCUCCACAAGGAUCUCAAGUCCAAGAAUGUCUUCUACGACAAUGGGAAGGUGGUGAUCACCGACUUUGGGCUCUUCAGCAUCUCCGGGGUUCUCCAGGCAGGCAGGAGGGAGAACAAGCUGCGCAUCCAGAACGGCUGGCUGUGCCACCUGGCCCCCGAGAUCAUCCGGCAGCUCUCGCCCGACACCGAGGAGGACAAGCUGCCCUUCUCCAAGCACUCGGAUGUGUUUGCACUGGGCACCAUCUGGUACGAGCUGCACGCCCGGGAAUGGCCCUUCAAGACGCAGCCAGCGGAGGCGAUCAUCUGGCAGGUGGGGAGAGGGAUGAAGCCCAACCUCAGCCAGAUCGGGAUGGGCAAGGAGAUCUCGGACAUCCUGCUGUUCUGCUGGGCCUACGAGCAGGAGGAGAGGCCCACCUUCACCAAGCUCAUGGACAUGCUGGAGAAACUGCCAAAGCGCAACCGCCGCCUUUCCCACCCGGGGCACUUCUGGAAGUCGGCUGAGCUGUGACGGGAGGAGUUGUGGGACGGUGCCUUCCUCCCCCAGCGGGUCUCCUGUUCCUCUCCGCUUCCCACCCUGCGCUAUGGAGGAGCA